AGUGCUCAUCACACCCACCAGCCAAACGAUACCAUCGCAAUGCCACUUCUUAGUCUGCCAAACGAACUACUCUACCGCAUAGCAGAAACCCUAGAAUCAGAAAGAGACAUCAACACCUUUACACAAACAAACUUACGCCUUUACCAUUUAUUAAACCCCUACCUCUACCGCCACAAUAUCUACCAGUCCUCAAGCUCUGCAUUACUAUGGGCCGCCCAACACGGGCAGCAAGCAACAGCCAAAAAGCUGCUCGACAAGGGCGCCAACGUCAACGUGCAGAACGAAGAUUACGGCCACGCGCUCCAGGCGGCGUCGUUUAGCGGCCACGAGGCCAUUGUGCGGCUGCUGCUUGAUCAUGGCGCAGAUGUUAAUGCGCAGGGGGGGUGGUUCGCAAACGCGCUCCAGGCGGCUUCGCUUGCGGGCCAUGAGGCUACUGUGACGCUGCUGCUUGAUCGUGGCGCGCAUGUUAAUGCGCAAGGUGGGCUCUGUGGGAAUGCGCUUUUGGCGGCUUUGGAGGAGGGACAUGAUGAUGUGGCUGGGAUGCUUAGAGCGAGGGGUGCGAAGUGA